AUGGGAGGGGGUCUGAUCGAAUUUGAUGGGGAAAGGUACUUCAAUCCUGCUCGGGGACGUUGUGAGUUAUUUUAUUGGUCAGGAUGUUGCGGAAAUGGAAACAACUUUCAG